AUGGGGCUCUGUAAGUGGCUAGCCAAGUUCCCUAUCGUUCCUCAAUCCAAGUCACUGAUGGAACCGCUAUUGAAAGGACAAGCGGAGGACAUCCACAAGAAGAAGGAGGAGGAGGAAGAGGAGGAGGAAGAGGAAGAGGAGGAAGAGGAGGAGGAGGAGGAGGAUAACUGCAGUCCAGUUACAAAAUGUGAAUCGAAAAUCCUCUCGAGAACUUCAAAUUUUGUAGAUAAUGCCAUCAUUAGUCAAGAAAUGGCACUCUACUCCACGCCCUCGCAAUUGGUUGACAUCCGAACAACGGAUAUGGCACAAAUUGGACAAUCAAAUGAUCUACUCUUGGAACAUUUUGAACGUGUGUUGCAAGCCUCCUCCUCCUCCUCACCUAACAUCGUCAAACCUGGCCACCUAACACAUUCACCAAAGCAGGCCUACAUUAUUUCCACAUGCCAAUGA